AUGAAGAGUCUCGAGCGGGUUUUGGGCCCAGAGCGAUAUCUGCGCAUACGCAACACGUCGGUGUUGAUGGUUGGGGCUGGAGGAAUUGGGUGUGAGCUUCUUAAAAACCUUAUUCUUUGUGGAUUUGGAACCAUUCACGCAGUGGAUCUCGACACUAUUACCCUCUCCAAUUUGAACCGACAGUUUCUAUUUCGCCAGAAGGACAUCGACCAGUCCAAGUCGCUCACUGUGGUGAAAGCUGUGCAGAAUUUCAACUACAACGAUUGCAAACUCGAGGGUCAUCAUGGCAAUAUCAUGGACACUGAAAAGUUUCCCAUCGAAUGGUGGGACCAGUUUUCUUAUAUAUUCAAUGCUCUUGACAAUCUCGAGGCCCGGAGGUAUGUGAACAAAAUGGCGCUUUUUCUCCGAAAACCACUCAUGGAAAGUGGAACCACUGGAUUCGAUGGACAAAUUCAACCUAUUUUUCCAUAUGUCACCGAAUGCUUUGAGUGCCAGCCCAAGGUCACACCCAAGACAUAUCCCGUGUGCACGAUCCGGUCUACACCUUCGCAGCCAAUCCACUGUAUUACCUGGGCAAAAGAGUUUUUGUACCAUCAACUUUUCGAUGAACUGGAAGACAAAACUCAGGACCAACGACGCCAGUUGGAAUCCGAAACGCUGGACCGCCAGGAAAUCGACAACUUGCUUCGGGAAAGCAACGAGCUUGCGGAAUUGAGGCGGAUGGUGCUGGAGCCUGGAUCGCAGUUUGCUCAGGAAUUGAUCCACAAAAUUUUCCAGGUGGAUAUUGAACGCCUUGUUAAUAUUGAGUCGUUGUGGAGGACCAGAAAGGUUCCAGAACCGCUCGAUUUGCUGGAACUACAACACGAAUUGGAUGCACUUCUUCAAGAACCUCGGUCGCAGACCAUACUUGUCAAAGACACCAGUACAUGGACAUUGCUCGAAAACCUCUAUGUGCUUAUUCGGGCACUGGAGUCGCUUCAAAAACGGAUCAGUAGCGGGGAGGAGUCGUGUGUGCCGUUCGACAAGGAUGAUGAAGAUUCGCUCAACUUUGUAGUUGCGGCUGCAAAUUUGCGAUCUGUGGUAUUCCACAUUGAUCCGAAAACCAAGUUUGAUAUCAAGCAGAUUGCAGGAAACAUCAUUCCGGCUAUAGCCACCACAAAUGCUAUCAUCUCCGGAUUCCUGGUACUCGCUUCUCUUCCAUUUUACGACCAAGAACCUCGGUCUCGAGGUGAUUUUGGACCGGUUCCGCAAACUUCAUCCACUGUUUUCACCAGUAUACGUCCUAACAAGUACGUUACGGCCGCGGCGCUUUCACAACCCAGUCCGCUGUGUCCUGCCUGUUCAUUGUCAGCUCGUGGGAUUUUGCACGUUAGCCAAAAAGACGCUCCAACGUUGGGACAAUUGGUGGAGAUCAUCAAGAAAAAGUAUGGAUAUGAAGACAUUGCUUUGAUUUUGGGCAAAGCCAAGUUGAUCUACGACGUAGAUUUCGACGAUAAUGUGGACCGUAGCGUGCUUGAAGUGGCGGGUUUUGUUUCUGGUGAAUUAUUGCAAGUCCAAGACGACAACGAUGAGUUGGAAAACUUGGAGUUUUAUAUUAGUUUGGGUGAUAAAAAUGAGUUGCCCGAGUUGGUUCUUCGCCAAAAGGUUAAAGAGAAGGAGAAAGUGAAAGAAAACGAAGAAAAUGGAACUGGAGAACUGAACAAUGGAGCACUUGAACCGGUGGAAAUUAUCGACGAUGAAGUGGAAGAACCACCAACAAAAAGACAGAAAAUCCUGGACAUCAUUGACUGA